UCCAGAUAGUGUGCUGCGGUUGCAGUUGUGCUAUAUACACAGUUAUUCCUUAUUUUUUACUUUUACGUUUCAGUUAAGGUAGGUGAUUUAAUACACCAUCGUUUAGUUUCCAUUAUUGCAUCGUGGAGUGUUGCCCUUCCAAUAUAUAUACUUUUUUCCAUAUAUCAUGCAACUGAGUAGAACCCUGUAAAUCAAUGUAUUAGUGUUGUUACGUAUAUAUCAUGUCCGAGAGAAGUUUGAGGAAAAGAUCCUCUGCUCUAGCAAUUGGUGAAGAAUGUCAUAGUAAGAAAUUACGCCAAAGCAACCUUUUUGAACAAAACAAGUGCCUCUUUUGUGAAAAAGAUCUGAAAUAUCUCAAAGGAAACACAAAAGAAUCACUAACAAAAUGCCAAACAGACAACGCUUCAACAUCAAUAAUAAAUGCAGUGAAAGCCCAAGAAGACUGGACUUUACAUGCAAAAAUAGGAGGACGCUGUUUGAUAUCAGCAGAAGCUUGGUACCAUAAUACCUGUAGAAGAAAUUACUUGUGCAAGAAAGAACGAACGAUAAAUGAAGAGGAAAAGGUUUUAAUAACAUCAUUUGACGUCAUAUGUAAGCAUAUAGAUGAACAUGUCCUUCAAACCGAUGGAGUUGAAACACUUGAACAUGUCCAUGAGCUGUAUCAGGCACAUAUGAAGGAAAACAAUCUGAGUGACUAUAACCCCAAAUAUAAACAGCUCUUCCUGAAGAACAAACUUUCUGUUCGCUAUAAAGAUGACCUUUGUUGCAAUCUACUCUUAAUUGCCUUUCAUUUGAGUAUAAUAAAGCUAUACUUCAGAAAGAUCUAAAAAUUAGCGAAAAUUUCUGUUUUCCUGAAAAACACAGAAUAUAUGUGAAAUAGAUAGAUGUUGCGAAUAUAAAUAUAUAAAUUAUAUAUAAUAAUAUAAAUUUCAAACAAUAAUAUUAAUUACUUUGGUUUAGAAUGAAAAAUUUAUGAUUUUUGCGAAAAAGUCCCGUCAUUUUUAAAGCGGCGGCCAUCUUGAAAAAUUGACUGACUGACUGACAGACUGACGGACGGACGGACGGACGGAGGGCUUAACUAUAUCCCUACCGAACUUCGUUCGUUGGGAUAAUAAUGUAGAUAUCAAGGAAAACUGACAUUAUUUUUUCACUUUGAACACAAAUAAAGAAUUCUUAGGAAAUUGUGCCAUGGCCCCUUUCUAAUUUUUUUGCAAAGCCAGUUUACCAUCAGCAAGUAGAAUUCUUUGUAUGGCUAAGAUAAAGCAUCAAUUGAUUUAAUUUUAUGAAACAUACUCUAAAUAAAUUUUCUAAAAUGUUCUCAUCCUGACUGUCAUAAAAAUAUUGUGUUUUGUGUCAAGGUAUGUCUUAGAUUUUUAAGAAAAUGCAAUCUUUUUUAACAAAUGAUUUCUGUUACCAUAACAACCAGCAGACCAACAAUAGCAAAACUUCCCAUGAUGGUUAAACAUCAUAACUAUACUAAUAUCUGUUAAUAUCAGAAUGAAUAGUCAUAUAUUUAUUCACAAACUUGGGUACAAAUAAAGUUUUCUUGGGAAAAGUGCCACGCCCCCUUUUACA